GUAGCGGGACCAGAUCUUUGAGGGAUCAAGGAGACCCCCUAAAGGAUGCUCUUCUCUGGGGGGCAGUGUGGCCAUGUUGGCAGACCUGAAGAAGUUUUACUGAUAUACAAGAUAUUCCUUGUCAUCAUCUGUUUUCAUGUCGUUCUGGUUACAUCCUUGAAAGAAAACGCUGGUAAUUCCAGUUUGCUAUCGCCAUCUGCUGAAUCAUCUCUUGUCAGUCUUGUCCCCUACUCCAAUGGUACACCAGAUGCUGCUUCAGAAGUGUUGUCGACUUUAAACAAAACAGAAAAAACUAAAAUCACUAUAGUAAAAACCUCCAAUGUAUCAGGAGUCAAAUCUCAGAGAAAUAUCUGCAAUUUGUCGUCUAUUUGCAAUGACUCAGUGUUUUUUAGAGGUGAGAUAGUGUUUCAGUAUGAUGACGCCCACAAUGUAACCCAGAAUCAAGAAACGGCUAAUGGCACUUUCACUGGAGUCCGGUCUCUAAGCGAACUGAAGCGAUCAGAGCUCAACAAAACGCUACAGACUUUAAGUGAGACUUACUUUAUAGUGUGUGCUACAGCAGAGACCCAAAACACAUUAAACUGUACAUUCACAAUAAAACUGAACGAUACGACAGAUGUGUGUGCCAUGAUGGUUACUUUCACAACUGUACAGAUUUGGCCAAUGGAACAGUGCUGCUGUUCUCUCAAGACUCCCUGCCCUUCUUCACCAGAAGAAUUAGAAAAACUGCAGUGUGAACUGAAGGAUCCUGUUGUCUGUCUUGCUUAUCAGCCACAUGGCCCACCGUUAUCCAGCAAGCCCUUGCCAGUUGUACCUCAGGCCACCAUUUUGACCCACGUCGCUAGUGACUUCUCUUUGGAUGAACCCCUUGAUCAUGCCUCUGUGACCCCAAGCACACCCUCUCUGGCACAAGAGAGUCACCUUUCAUCUCCCCAGCCUGCAGCCUCCCUGGUUUCCAGUCCUGCCAUUGACAUGCCUGUUCAGCCUGUAGCUGCUUCUUCCUCUCUGCCCCAAACUGAUCUUCCCCAUAGCCUGCCACCUACGCAGUCCUCCCUUUCUUCUCUUACCACAUCAGCACCCUCUGUCCCUGAAAAAGUGGUCACCAUCAGCAUGCCUCCUAGUGAGACAGAAGUUGUCAACACCAGCAGUGUUCCUGACCUAGAGGCUCAAGUCUCACAGAUGGAGAAAGUGUUGUCCUUGGGAGGCUUAGAGCCUAACCUUGCAGGCGAAAUGGUAAACCGAGUCAGCAAACUCCUCCACUCUCCACCUGCUUUGCUAGCCCCUCUGGCUCAAAGGCUGCUAAAAGUGGUAGAUGGCAUUGGCUUACAGCUGAAUUUUCCAAAUACAACCAUCAGUCUAACUUCCCCUUCUUUGGCUCUUGCUGUGGUCAGAGUGAAUGCCAGUAAUUUCAACUCAAUGACCUUUGCAGCCCAAGACCCUGCAAAUCUUCAGGUUUCUCUGGAAACCCAGGUUCCUGAGAAUAGUAUUGGUGCCAUUACUCUCCCUUCGUCACUGAUGAGUAAUGUGCCAACUAACGAUGUAGAACUGGCUUCCAGGGUUCAGUUCAAUUUCUUUGAAACCCCUGCCCUGUUUCAGGACCCCUCCCUGGAGAACCUCUCUCUGAUCAGCUACGUCAUAUCAUCAAGUGUUGCAAACGUGACUAUCAAGAACUUAACAAGAAACGUGACAGUCAUGCUGAAGCACACCAACCCAAGUCAGGAUGACUUAACUGUGAAAUGUGUCUUCUGGGACUUGGGCAGAAAUGGUGGCAGAGGAGGUUGGUCAUCUGAUGGCUGCUCCAUCAAAGACAAGAAACUGAAUGAAACCGUCUGUACCUGUAGUCAUCUUACAAGUUUUGGCAUCUUAAUGGACCUAUCUCGGACAUCCUUACCACCGAGUCAAAUGAUGGCGCUGACAUUUAUCACAUAUAUUGGCUGUGGGCUUUCAUCAAUUUUUCUGUCAGUUACGCUCAUAACCUACAUAGCCUUUGAAAAGAUCCGGAGGGAUUACCCUUCCAAAAUCCUCAUCCAACUGUGUGCUGCCCUGCUUCUGCUCAACCUGGUCUUCCUACUAGAUUCCUGGAUUGCUCUGUAUAAUACCCGAGGUUUCUGCAUCUCUGUGGCUGUAUUUCUUCACUAUUUCCUCUUGGUCUCCUUCACAUGGAUGGGCUUAGAAGCAUUCCACAUGUACCUGGCACUUGUCAAGGUGUUUAAUACUUACAUCCGAAAGUACAUCCUUAAAUUCUGCAUUGUUGGCUGGGGGAUACCAGCUGUGAUUGUGGCCAUCGUCCUGACUAUAUCCCCAGAUAAUUAUGGGAUUGGAUCUUAUGGGAAAUUCCCCAAUGGCUCACCAGAUGACUUUUGCUGGAUCAACAGCAAUGCGGUGUUCUAUAUCACAGUUGUGGGCUAUUUCUGUGUGAUAUUUUUACUGAACAUCAGCAUGUUCAUUGUCGUCUUGGUUCAGCUCUGUCGAAUUAAAAGGAAGAAGCAAUUGGGAGCGCAACGCAAAACUAGUAUUCAAGACCUCAGGAGUAUUGCUGGCCUCACAUUUUUGCUGGGAAUUACUUGGGGUUUUGCCUUCUUUGCCUGGGGACCAGUUAAUGUCACCUUCAUGUAUCUCUUUGCCAUCUUUAAUACCUUACAAGGGUUCUUCAUAUUCAUCUUUUACUGCGCAGCAAAAGAGAAUGUCAGGAAGCAAUGGAGGCGGUAUGUUUGUUGUGGAAAAUUACGGCUGGCUGAAAAUUCUGACUGGAGUAAAACUGCUACUAAUGGUUUAAAGAAGCAGACUGUAAACCAAGGAGUAUCCAGCUCUUCAAAUUCCUUACAGUCAAGCUGUAACUCCACUAACUCCACCACACUACUAGUGAAUAAUGAUUGCUCAGUGCACGCAAGCGGGAAUGGCAAUGCUUCUACAGAGAGGAAUGGGGUUUCUUUCAGCGUUCAGAAUGGAGACGUAUGCCUUCACGAUCUCACUGGGAAACCGCACAUGUUUAGUGACAAAGAAGAUUCCUGCAAUGGUAAGGGCCGGAUGGCCCUCAGAAGGACUUCAAAGCGGGGAAGCCUACACUUUAUUGAGCAAAUGUGAUUCUCCUCUUCUAAAAUCAAAGCAUGAUGCUGAGGGUGUGACGUGUCCAGUUUUCCAUUUACCCAAUGUGAGAUGUAUGAAAGUCAGCUUGUUUUCCACUCAGCAGCCUCUAGAGAAGCAUACGCUAAUUGAGGACAAUGAUUUACUAUUGGAGGAAGAAACCAUGGCAUAAUUAUGGUCUUUAGACAUUUGCAAUUUGGUUUCUUAUCUUUCAUUUGGAAGAAGAUUGGUGUUAAAAACCACAGAAUAAGAUCUAGGAAAAGAAAAACGAAUGUUCAU